AUGGCGUGGAUGCUGAAGGCAGAAUAUGACUUUCUGAUUUCCUCCCUCUCUGAGCGCCUCGACACUGCAAAAUGCCGAGGAUUUCUUUCGUGCUCUCUGGACAUGCGUCUGGUCGACUCGUUCGAUCCCGCAUUCCUUCAUUAUGUUGGCUUGGGGAAGACGUACCUUGGAGGGUUCAUUGUCAAGCAUUUAAACAGAACUGGGCUUGGCCUCCAAAGCAGGUACAUGCACCAUUCCUUGAGUGCCAGUAUUGUUGACGAGUGCAACUUGGCGCACAUUGUUCAAGUCCUCCGUAUGGAAGAACUUCUGGAAGCACAUUCACAAUGCCUCUCUGUUAGUGUCGCAGCGUCAAUCCUUCUAGCUGUUGUGGGCGAGCUUGACGCUGUAAAGACAGAGCUGCAGCGCAUUUGGAAAGGGAAGCCGGAGUUGGACAGCUUCAAACAAGACAGCGUGCGGUUCCUUACCCACACUCUCCAGUCGCUUGUUGACUUCAUCGUCGAAUCUGGCCGUGACCGUUUCACGUACAUCAAAGAGGCUCUCAUCCUGCCGACUGCAACGCCACCUCGGCCCGGCCCCGGUCUGGGAUCUUUGCCACCGGAAUCAGCAGAAAUUGCUGCUGAUCUCGUCUUGGCAAGGAAUCCUUUCGGCUUAGCUGCCCGUUUCGCCCGUGACGAUUCGAACGCCGAUGACGCGGAGGGCGGGCGGGAGUAUCUGGCGUCCCUCUAUGCCCUUUACCGACGUGGAGAUCAGCAGCUUGAGGUGCUUUUGAAUAGUGGGAGCAUUUUAUCCAUUUGGAGACGUCUGCAUGCUCUGUUCGAUCUGCCCCGAGCCACAGCCCGCGAUCUUGUGCGCUGGGCUGUCAUUCGUCAGGUUCCUCGUUUGAAUCGGCUUCGUCAGCUCAUCUUUACAAGGCUGUUGCAGGUCCUGUGCAACCCAUCGCUUCGGGUCGUCGCAGGGAACGAAGUGGCCCCUGAUUUGGAGAAGAAGACGGCGAAGAGGGACGCUCUGAUUGGAUACACUGUCCUAUCGGCUUUCGCUGAUUCCGGUGUAAGGGUGUGGUGCUACGAGAGCGAAUCUCAGAAAAUCGACAUCCUUAGAGGAGGAGGGGCGGGUGAUAUCGCAAAGAAGGUCGUAUCGAUUCUGUGUAUUAGGGUGGAUCGCGGGUUCAUUGACCUCCCAAUGGGUGACGAGCGCCCUGAUGAGGAUACGCUGGAAAGGUGGCUCGCACCUCAAUGGCAAGACGCUCGACGGGAUGGGCACGAAUACUCGCGGCUUGACGUGACGGACAGCAACCUCUAUCGCCUGGUGCCGAAAAAUUACAGUUCGGGUGGUUUUGGCGAUCGCCCUUCUGUCACUUCUGUCCCGAUUGGAGGACGAUCUCUUGCCAUUGUGCCUGACUUUGCGCUAAGUGGCGACCACCGUUUCUUCAGGGCGCCUUUGACCACGGCCUUCUUCAACUCUGAAAAGUUCGAGGCGACUGUGGAAGAUUUCCUGAAAGCUGAUGGCGUAGAGUGCUGA